AUGGGGCAUCGUCGCUAUCUUGAUGAAAAUCACAGUUGGAGAAAGGAUAAGAAAUCAUUUGAUGGCACUAGGGAGAGAGGGUAUGCAGCGCCGAAGCUGACCGGAGAUGACAUCCUUAAGCAGGUGGAAGAUCUUAUAGGGAUCACCUUGACCAAUCAUCCAGAGAAGAAAAUUAAAAUAUCACACGAAAGACGGGGAGAUAAUUGGAAUAAAAAAAGUAUUUUUUUUGAUUUGCCAUAUUGGAGAACUCUCUUAUUGCGACAUAAUUUAGAUGUCAUGCAUAUUGAGAAGAAUAUUUGUGAUAGUCUGCUGGGAACAAUCAUGAACAUUAAAGGAAAGACAAAGGAUAAUAUCAAAGCCCGUCUCGAUUUACAAGCAAUGAGUUUAAAACCGGAGUUACAUCCAAUCCAGAGAGGAGAUAAACUUGUGAUGCCAGCAGCUUGUUAUACUUUAUCCCAAGAAGAGCAAAGCAAAUUUUGUCGAUUUCUAAAGGAGUUAAAAGUUCCAGAUGGAUUUUCAUCCAAUAUUUCUCAAUGUGUAAACCUUAAAGAGCGUAAGAUUUUGGGGUUAAAGAGUCAUGACUGUCACAUUCUUUUGCAGUGCUUGAUUCCUGUAUCAAUUAAUGACGUUCUUCUUGCAAAAGUGUGUGAACCAAUUAUUGAACUUUCCAUAUUCUUCACUAUAUUAUGUGCCAAGACAUUAAGGGUGGAUGAACUUAAGCAAAUUGAUGAGCAGAUUCCACUUACGUUAUGUAAGCUUGAGAAGAUUUUUCCACCUUCAAUUUUUGAUGUUAUGCUGCAUUUAGUAGUUCAUUUAGCAUCUGAAGCCAUACUUGGAGGGCCUGUUCGAUUUCGAUGGAUGUACCCAGUGGAGCGUCAGCUUUAUACUUAUAAGUCAUAUAUCAGAAAUAGGGCACGUCCAGAAGGGUCAAUUGCUGAAGGAUAUAUAGCAGAUGAAUGCAUGACUUUUUGCUCAAGAUAUCUAAAAGGCUUCGAGACAAAGUUUAAUCACCUUGAAAGAAAUUAUGAAGAUGGCAAUAGAGAAUGUCAUGAGGCACAACUAUCUAUUUUCAGACAUAGUGGACGCGCAUUGGGUGCUGCUACCACCCGCUACCUUGAUGAACGGGACUACAAUGAAUUCGUGAGAGAACCCACAAAUCAAUAUGAUGAUAAAGAUUGGGAUAAGAACUUUAUCGAGUGGUUUCAAGCUCUAGUUUAUCAGAGUUAUCGAGAAGAUGAUGACUUACUUUCAUUAUCUCGUGAUCCAAAUUAUUAUGGUGCUUUGGUUGAAGUUGUCGAAUUAGAGUAUCCUGGUAGAAGAAAGGUUGUUCUAUUUCGUUGUAAAUGGUGGGAUGUGCACGGCAAAGGAAAAAUUCACCUCGUGAAUAGAGCUAUUGAGCCAGAAUUUUCACGAUACCUUGGAAUUAUUAUUCGUGAUAGAAAUAUUUGCCAAGUAGCUGUUGAGAAUUGGGCCAAAAUACCACAACAAAAUAAAGAUCAUAUGUGGGCAUCCAUUAAGGAUAAAUUUGAUGCUGAGGACAUGGAGCAAAAGAGAGAGUUAGUAAUGAGACACUUGCGCGAUUUGUGGAAUAAGUGGCGUGGUGACAUGCACAGGAAAUAUGUGAAAGAAAAUUCAUUACAAGUUGCACUUAGAAAUAAACCUACAGAAGUGAGUGUUGAUGACUGGGAUUGGCUAGUUAAGGAACAUUAUUUUUCUUCAAAAUUUCAGAAAGCAAGCCAACAAAAUACACUUAACAGAGGCAAAAGAAAGAUGCUCCACCAUACGGAAAUUGGGUGGCAAGUCAGGUAA